UUCAUAACACUUCAAACAGUUUAUUUUAUAGUUUAUUGCAAAUUAAUUUAAAUCUAAAUUUCAGAUAAAAUGUUAGGUAGGUUCAGCAAACAGUUUCAUAACAAGUUCAAAGAUUUAGUAAAAUAUGUUUUGAAAGAAAAAUGUAUAAGUAAUAUAGGUGCGUAUUUUAAUACGCGUUUGUUAAGUGGCCUUGAGACACAGAAACCGAUCCGACAAUAUGCUGCUGAAGCCACGAUACCGAUUUCACCCCCAGAAGUCCAUUGUUUCGACGCAAGCAAAAUUCCAACCGAAGUUAAAAUCACAAAGGCAGAAGCUCUAGAAUUAUACGAGAACAUGGUCCUCAUACGGCGCAUGGAGACUGAGAUAGCCAGUCUGUACAAAGAAAAGAAGGUGUAUGGGUUCUGCCAUCUGUAUGUGGGCACGGAGGCAGUGGGUACCGGCAUAGUCUCGAAUAUGAAACCGGUUGAUAAUCUUAUUACUUCGUACAGAUGCCAUGCUUUCGCCAUGAUGUUCCAAAACAGGCAGAAGAAGAACGGACCGUAUACCGUGAUGUCAGAGCUUGCGGGCAAAGCCGACGGAAUAUCGGCCGGCAAGGGAGGUUCCAUGCAUAUCUACGUGCCGCCAUACUUCUAUGGCGGCCAGGGAAUAGUGGGCGGACAGGUACCACUCGGCAUCGGACUGGGUUUUGGCCAUAUGUAUACCGAUGACGGGGGCGUAGCCUUCGCCCUGUACGGCGACGGGGCCUCCAAUCAAGGACAGGUAUACGAGUCGUUUAAUAUGGCGGCGCUACUCAAACUACCAGUUGUAUUCAUAUGCGAGAACAACUUGUAUGGCAUGGGCACCGCGGCCAAGAGGUCUUCAUCCAGUCUGGAGUACUACAAGGCUGGCAGGGUCAUCCCCGGGAUCAAGGCCGAUGGCAUGGACGUGAUCACUACCAGGGAGAUAGCCAAGGUAGCGAGCGACUACAGCCGCGCCGGCAACGGCCCAAUACUCCUCCAAUUCGAAUGUUACCGCUACUACGGACACUCCAUGUCGGAUCCGGGCACGAGUUACAGAACGCGCGAGGAGGUGCAACAGGUCCGGCAGUCUAGGGACCCCUUAAACCAUCUCAAGGACACGCUCACGGACACACAACUCGCAACUGAUGAAGAGAUUGAGGAAAUUAACAAGAAAGCGAAGAAACUAUGUGCAGAAGCAAAGAAAGCUGCCGAAACGGCCCCCGUUCCAGACGUAAAAGAGCUAUACACAGAUCUCUAUGUGAAAUAUCUCGAGGAACCAAGAAGAAGAACAUGUGUUGGGUGACUUAUACAUAAAAUACUUAUAAAAUUUUCGGAGAUGUAGUCCAGUCAAUAUUUAUAUGAAAACUUUUAAAAAUUGGUCGUUGGCAAUGUACCAUCACGCUCCGCGAUUGUUGCGCCAUUUAGGGUCCUAGCUAAAUUGCUUGUUCGAUAUUUGCGCUAUGGAAUGUCCAAUUUAGCUAGGACCCUAAAUUACUUAACAUUUCCAUGUCACCACAUGAGUUCAGUCACCGACUGAACCUCUCAAAAUUUACUGUAACAUGAAUUGUAUUUUUCAUAUUUAUGGUUUGAAAGUGGAUAUUUUUUGACGUAUAUUUUUAUAUGGUGUAUAUGAGUAUGGUGUUUUUUUUUGAUGUUUUGUAAAUAAAUUAUUCAAUGUUAA